AUGGUGUGGAAACUAAGAAUCAAGCAGACGGCUUCCAAAAAUGUCACUGGCACUAUUGUCAUGAUGGAUGACGAGGAUGCUACGAAUGCGACUUUAGCCGAAAGUGCUUCCCUAAAACGUACUUCCAACGGUAUUAUUCUCUAUCCACAACCUCAUGAUAGUCCAAAUGAUCCGCUUAACUGGCCCACAUGGCGUAAAGAUUUAUGCUUUUUGAUUAUUGGCUUCCAAACUUUCAUUGGAGGAGGACAGACUCCCAUUUUGGCUGCAGGGUUUUCAUCUUUGAAAGAAGAAUUCCAUAAAUCACUUUCCACGAUAUCGUACCUUGUUGGUGGUUUUAUGAUUUCCCUUGGUGUCGGCUCUGUGUUUGUCAGUCCUACUGCGGUCUUGUACGGCAAGAGAUUGGUGUAUCUUGUCUGUAUUCUCAUUUUCCUUGUGGGUUGUAUUGUUGCAGCUGUGUCAGAGAACUUUGGAACUUUGAUGGCAGGUAGAGUGUUGACUGCUAUAGGAAUGGCCCCCACGGAAAGUUUGGCAUCCGCAAGUUUAAGUGAGUUGUAUUUUCAGCACGAGAGAGCUUACAGAACUGGUCUCUAUACUUUGUUGUUAUUGGGUGGUAAGAACAUAAUUCCGUUGCUCUCGUCCUUAAUUUUGCAACAUUUGAAUAGACAUUGGCUUUAUUGGAUUCUUGCUAUGUUUUUGGGCCUCAACUUCGUGCUUACAUUUUUAUUCGUGCCGGAGACUUUCUGGGAUAGAACUCCAACUCCAAGCAAACGGUCCUUGGAAGAAACUAAAGCUGCGAGACAUGUGGCAAGCUACAUUCCUCCUGAAAGAAGACACCAUGCAUAUGCAUUGUCCAAUAACAUGCUUGAACGUUCUAGUCUCAGUUCCUCAGUUUUGGACGUUUCAGCUAACCCUAAUUCUAAGGAAGAAGACCCAAUAAGUAUCACUGAUGGUACAGUAAAACGUGACAAUAAGCUUGAGUCAAAGACUUAUUUCCAAAGAUUGGCAUUAUACACUGGAAGGCAUAGCCCUGAUAAGUGGUGGAUGGUUGCGUUGCGGCCUUUUUUCCUUUACUUGUAUCCUUCAGUUCUUUACGGCUCUCUCCAGUACUCCAUGUCUGUCGUCUGGUUGAUUGUUAUUUCCGAAACAGUUUCUGACAUUUUUAAAAACCCUCCUUAUGGUUACUCUCAACAGACUGUCGGUUUGUUUUACUUGGGACCGUUUAUUGGGGGAGUUUUGGGUUCUUUGUUAACCGGUUUCACAGGUGAUAGAAUUACCAGGUAUAUGGUUGCGAGAAAUCAUGGAAUCUAUGAACCUGAGUUCCGUUUGAUCAUGUUGAUUCCAUCUACUAUCUUCAUGUGUAUUGGGUUGUUUGGUUAUGGCUGGUCUGCUCAAGUUGCUGAUCCCUGGAUUGCGCCUGUGGUUUUCUUUGGUUGUCUCAGUUUUGGUUCUUCGAUGACUUCCACGACAGUUAUCACUUUCACUGUUGAUUCUUACAAGAUGUUUGCAGCAGAAUCGUUGGUUUCGUUCAACUUUGCUAAGAAUCUUUUGGGGUUCAUCUUCUCCUUAUUCAACACAAAGGUGUACAAAAACAGGGGAGGGAAGAAUACUUUCGUGAUUUACGGAUCAGUGCAAGCAUUCCUUGGAUUGCUAGGCAUUGUCGUUUACAUUUACGGAAAGGUUUUCAGAGAGUGGACGGACAAGAAGGAAAUGAUGAGAGUGCUCUACGUCCCACGGCCACAUCUACACCAUGACCAAGCUUCGCAGGCUUGUAGUGAUAACACGAAGUACGAUGCAGCUGGAGUUGAACAAACUGAGACCGAGAAAGCUGUGAAAAAUUGA